AUGCCGCCUUCUGCUGUGGAUGAGAAGGUGGCCGAUACUCCUUCCACACUAGGAGGCGAACUUCUGAAAUCUGGGCUCUUCGCCGAUGCCAAGAUCAAAUGUGGUUCUCGUGAAUGGAACGUGCACAAAUGCAUCAUUGACCUGAAAUCCUCAUACUUCAAGAAGGCUUUCACCGGUAAUUUUCAGGAAGCUCAGACGAACGAGUUAUGCCUUGACCAUGAGCUACCCCUUGAGGUGGACUGCGUCCUCAAAUAUCUCUAUUUAGGAAAGCUUGAUUCGGGCGCAAUCUCAGCAUGUCAAAAGACGACCUGCUGUGCUGGGAAGCUUUCGCUGUAUCUCAGCUUGUUCAAAUUCGCCGAUUAUCUCGACGUACCCACGCUCAAGGAGGAAUUGCUCACGUCCGUGGACGACCUUUUGAUGCGCCUUGCAACAGAAAUCGUAUCACACGAAGAGAAAUUCUACAUUGAGCCAGAGAAGUACUUCAGCGCAGAAAGGUUCGAAGAUUUCGCCAGAGCUGUGAGGACCGUAUACAGCCUACCCCUGCACUGCGUCGACUCCAUCAUCAAGCCGCUGCAUAAGUUCUUUUUGUCGACAAGAUUUGCCGUCGUCAAGGAUGCCCGAUUCAAGUCCUUGAUGAACGAAAUCCCUAAAAUGGCCAUCGACAUGGUCAACCUCAUGCUGCCCAGUGGCACCCGCCAGUGUGUCGUCACGAUGCAUCCCAAGGUCUGUAAAGAGUGCAGGGAGCCUUCUUCUACAUACUCGGACAUCCAAGUCAUGGAACAUGGAAGUCGCAGUUGGAAGAGUGGAAUGACGAGCUGUGAGAUUUCCGGACGUUGCCCUUCGUGCUGGGAGAAGCAACAGAUGGCCAAGCAGGCCAAGUAG